ACGAAUAAUUUAUUUCCCAUUUCAAAUUAAAUAAAGUUGUCUGAAUGUCUUUGAUUUUAUUUAAAUUUGGAAUUGAAAUAUGAUUUUCACGCGGGAAAAUUUAGCGGGAAAUUGUUUUCUUCGGUUCGCGGCUACUUACAGUUGAGUUGGUUGUGUUAAUUCCAUUUAUUGUUUUUACCAAAUAUGACUUCUAAAAAAGCAAGUAAAGCCAAGUUUUUGUCGGAAGAUCUAAAUGAUUUGCUCAAUGUAUCCCAGUUUUUAAAAGAUUCGCCAACUAAGAAAAAGGUACCAAAGCGGCAGAGAACUGAAAUUUCUGAGGAAGAGGGAAUAGCCAAAUUGAUUGGGCAAUAUCAAACUAAUUCCAAGAAAAAGAAAUUGGAGGUUAACGUUGAAGCCUGUAAAGAAUCGCGGCAGAAAAUACUAAAUGUUAUGAGCAAUCAACUAGAAACAAGAAAAGAAAAGUGUGAUAAUCUGCUCAAAAAUCUGUCUGAAGUUAUGACACAAUUAGAAGCAGACAGUAAUGCAAUGAAAGACAAUGAGAAAAAGUUGGAGCAUUUAACUGCAGCCGUUGUUAAAUGCAUGCAACAAGCUUCCACAGCUCAUAAACAAAAACUGAAAGCUUUGAAAGACAUUUAUGCUUCAUUCAAAAAACAAUGUGAAGAAAUGGAAUUUGAUCAUAAAACCGAAACAGACAAAUUAGCAGAAGAAUUAGAGGAUGAUAUUAGAAAACUUCAACAAAAGUUAAUAUCUGAGACUAAAAGAAGCGGCUGGGAAAAUUUGCGUAGAACAAUAUUUCAUGCUAUGCAAAAUGAUUUCUAAUUAGUUUUGAUUUCACUUGUAUAACUAUUUUGUUCAAUAAAAGAUUUAACAUUUGAAAA